AUGAACUGGUGUACAAACAUAAUUACGAUAUGCUUGCUAUCAUGGAGUCUGCCAUUGCUAACAUUUAUUCCAGUCGUUCAUUCCAGCGUUCAUUACUGCUUGAGCGGAAAUAGGUCGGAAGAGUUGAGUCCGGAUUACAGGCUGCGGGAGUGCCUGGGGAUCAAGGAAUACACCGCUUACAGGUCUAAGGGAGCAAGUCCAACAACUGUCACAGUUGACAUUAGGUUUCAAUACUUUGAUAUCAUGGAUGUGGAUCAAAGGUUAGCAUGGAGUCCACAGUUCUACGAAUACAUUGAUGAGAUCUACACCGACCCGAACUACAUUUGGAAACCAGAAUUCAUCAUUCAAUACAAUUUGUUGGAUAGAGCGCGCCCGAUUGACUCUCAAGCCAGGAUCCCAAACGACGCUGAUCCUAUCGAAUGGUACAAAGUCUACAACUCCAAGACGUUCUGCUACUUUGAUUACGUCAGGUCGAUGUUCUUCAACGGGCUUGUCAGCUUCCUAACUGGAGUCCCACUGCCAGCAUCAACCUAUCCGCCCGUUCAGGAUCACAGCGCCAUGUUCACUUUUACUCCCUAUCCGACUUCCGCGUCGUCGUCAUCAUCAGGGAUUCAGAAGAUGCCAUCCGGAUCGUCGGAAUUGAAAAAGAUGGAAAAAAUUAUGGGCGACAUUAGGCAGAAUUUGGUAGGUUUGGUUUGUGGAGAACACCUGGCGGCUUGCGACGAACAGUGGAGGAGUUUGUCUCGGAUGGUCGACCGUCUGGCUUUUGAGAUUUUCAUGCUGGCGAACGUUUUUAUGACCGCUAUUAUUUAUCUGAGGUUGUGA